AUGGAUGCAGAUGGCGAAAGGAUGAUUCAGGAAAAACGCGAAGCAUUUUCGAGAAACAAAAAACUUUAUUUAAAAAAGGAACAAAAUUCCGACUAUAAAAGGGGCUCAGAGCGCGCUAGGCGGCAGAUCAGUGGAGGAACUCGAGGAAAAAGGAACGCGGUGGGUUGUUGCGGUAACGAGUGGAUCGUUGCACCAGGGGACGCGUACGUGGAGAUGGGUUCGAGAGAGAGCGCACCGGCAUCGUCGUGUCACUGUAAGGUUGGUGCGAAACGAGAGAGUCGUAGCACCGGCAGUACUAGUAAGGAC